GAGCUUUCAAAGCUUCGUUCAACCCAAAGAACAGCUCUUGGCUGUCUUCUCGACCUCAACCAAAGGUGCUUCUUCCAGUACUGCUAGCACUAGUGAGUGCUAUUAUUAUUCUACCUGUAAGUUUAAUUGGGCAAGAAGGCAGGGUGGCGUUCCUGUAAGUAUUACAAAAAAUUUAUCCAAUUUAGAUGACAUGACUCCCGAAUCUACCGAAUUUUUCUUGAAACCGGACUUCCUGGUUCGUGACAAUGGUGGCAGUCUCGCGACGUUAGGAAGUCCUCUGGGAUCCAAAAAUAAAGGUUCGAUCAAAAAAAAUCGUAAACCUUCGUUCUUCGAACAGGUUUUCCGGGGAGUAACAACUAAUGUAGAUCGGUACAUAACAAUCAUCUCGUCCCACGAUGAGUGUGUUUGGGAGGGUUUUGUCAUGGAUGGCACGUUGUUUUUAAGAGGAAAUGCCAUGGAAAGCGUCGACCUUUUCAACCUAAAAAAAGAAAGUAUCGUCGCUGUUAUCGAACUUGCUGAGGAAUGCUUAAAAUGCCAUUCUUUAGUUGUAUGUUUUGAUAAGUAUUCUUCUUCUUCUUCUAAUAACCACCUUUCCAUGGUUACUCGCAUUUUUCUAUAUAUUGGGUUUGAAAUCGUUGCGCCUGGGACUUUCAAUCAUUCCAACGAUUUCAUACUCGUUGGAAUGGAAUUAUAA